CCUGCUGUGUGUGUGGCUCGGUGUCCGCACACCGACUGUCUCGUCAGUGUUGAUCGGCGCGCCAUGGCGGAAGGACGCAGAGAACAACCGCCUCAUCCUCUUCUCUCCUUACCUCCGGCCAGCAAACGAGCCUGCUUUCGUCCUGCACCCCGAGGUCCCGGUCCGGGGCCCGGCCACGGGAGCGGGUUGCCCGGCUCCCGGUAUCGUUCUCCGGAGUCUCUUUUGGACUGCGCCGCUAAGGCAGUAGCGGAUAAGUGGGCCUUUGAGAGGGUAGAGGAGCGCUUCGAGCGGAUCCCGGAGCCCGUUCAGCGGCGUAUCGUGUACUGGUCUUUUCCCCGGAACGAAAAGGAGAUAUGCAUGUACUCUUCGUUUCAGUGCCGAGUCAGCGGCGAGGAAGGUCCGUCCGCGGCGGCCAGUGGGGCUGGGGUCACGGGGUCCGGAUCUACAACCGCUGGUGGCGGCGGCGGCGGCGGAUCUGCCUCUGGUACCUCGGCUACCGUGGGCUCAGCCGGAGCCGUGGGAACGGGAGACGGACUACCUUUCCGCCGGGGAAUCAGACUCCUCGAAACCGGCUGUGUGGAAAACGUUUUACAAGUCGGAUUUCACCUCAGCGGCACGGUGACCGAACCAGCCACGCCGUCUGAGCCGGAGAUAACCCACAAGGUGGCUAUCAGCUUCGACCGCUGCAAGAUUACUUCUGUCACAUGUGGCUGCGGGAAUCGAGACAUUUUCUACUGUGCGCAUGUGGUGGCACUCUCGCUUUAUAGAAUCCGCAAGCCAGAACAGGUGAAGCUACGGUUGCCCAUAUCGGAAACGUUGUUCCAGAUGAACAGAGAUCAGCUCCAGAAGUUGGUCCAGUAUCUGAUCACGGCCCACCACACCGAGGUGCUACCCACCGCUCAGAAACUGGCUGACGAGAUCCUUUCCUCCAACUCUGAGAUCAACCAGGUUCAUGGCGCUCCAGACCCGACGGCAGGCGCCAGCAUCGACGACGACAACUGCUGGCAUCUGGAUGAGGACCAAGUCAGGGAGCAGGUCAAGCAGUUUUUGUCCCAGGGAGGAUACUACGGCUCUGGAAAGCAGCUCAACUCCAUGUUUGCUAAGGUGCGAGAGAUGCUACGAAUGCGAGACUCUAACGGCGCCCGAAUGCUCACGCUCAUAACGGAGCAAUUUAUGGCGGACCCUCGACUGUCGCUAUGGAGACAGCAAGGCACGGGGAUGACGGACAAGUGCCGGCAGCUCUGGGAUGAGCUGGGUGCAUUGUGGGUGUGCGUGGUGCUCAAUCCGCACUGUAAGAGCGAGGAGAAGAGCAGCUGGUUGAAGCAGCUAAAGAAGUGGGGAGACAUGGACGUUUGUCCUCUGGAGGACGGCAACUACGGCAGCGAGCUUCCGAACAUCACCAACGCUCUGCCGCAGAGUAACCUCGCACAAGACUCUCUGUCCAGGCCCAGGAGGACGGUGUUCAGUCGGGCGGUGGAGGCCUGUGACCUCCACUGGCAGGACAGCCACCUGCAGAGGAUCAUCAGCAGUGACUUCUACAUGUCUCCGUCCUACCAGAGGGAGGGGGAGAGUCUUCUGUUUAACCCACAGGGGCUGCCGCUGUGGCUCGAUCACGUCCCAACGGCAUGCGCUCGCGUUGACGCCCUGCGAUCUCAUGGUUACACCAGGGAAGCUCUGCGAUUGGCCGUCGCAAUCAUCAACACGCUCCGCCUCCAGCAGCAGAGGCAGAUGGACAUCUACAAGCACCAAAAGAAAGAGCUCCUCCAGAGAGGCGCCACCUCCACCACCAACCUGGAAGGCUGGGUGGGUCACCCCUUAGACCCCAUUGGCUGUCUGUUCAUCACACUCACAGAGACAUGUCGCAUGGAUGACGACAGCACCAUGGACACCGGAGAUGGUGACCCCAGGCCUCCAGUAUACCAUCAUGUGCCCGUGUGGGGCAGUUCAGAUGGAGGCGAGUCCUACCUGACCCUGGCCUUAGAGGUGGCUCUGAUGGGUAUGGGCCAGCAGAGAAUAAUGCCUGAGGGACUGUAUGCCCAGGAUAAGGUGUGUCGUAACGAAGAGCAGAUUGUGGCAAAGCUGCAGGAACUGGACCUGGACGACCUCCUGGUUCAGACUCUUAGGAAACAGGCCAUCCGGUUACUGGAGGCCGGUCCGUUCAGUGGUCUCGGAGAAGUCAUCCACAGAGAGAGCGUCCCCAUGCACACCUUCGCCAAGUACCUUUUCUCUGCCCUGCUGCCGCACGACGCUGACCUGGCAUAUAAAGUGGCUCUUCGUGCCAUGAGGCUGCCGGUGCUGGAGUCGUCAGCAGGUUCUGGGGACGUCGGACACCCUCAUCAUGGCAUCUCCAUCGUUCCGAGCAGAUACCCUCGUUGGUUCACUCUGGGCCACCUGGAGUCCCAGCAGUGUGAGCUGGCCUCAACCAUGCUGACUGCAGCUAAAGGGGACAUGUUGAGACUGCGGACAGUGUUGGAGGUCAUCCAGAAAAACAUCCACUCUUCUUCUCUGAUCUUCAAGCUGGCCCAGGAUGCCUUUAAGAUCGCCACACCUGCAGAGAGCCCACCUGAUAUUACCCUGCUCAAUGUGGCGCUGGAGUUAGGACUGCAGGUGAUGAGGAUGACGCUGUCCACUCUGAACUGGCGGAGGAGAGAGAUGGUUCGCUGGCUUGUGACCUGUGCCACUGAAGUUGGUCUACGGGCCCUGGUCAGCAUCCUGCAGAGCUGGUACACUCUCUUCACUCCCACUGAGGCCACUAGCAUCGUGGCAGCCACUGUCAUGUCCCAUAACACCAUCCUGCGCCUCAGCCUCGACUACCCCCAGCGGGAGGAGCUGGCCAGCUGCGCCAGGACCCUGGCACUGCAGUGCGCCAUGAAGGACCCCCAGAACUGCGCCCUAUCGGCCCUGACGCUUUGUGAGAAGGACCAUAUCGCUUUUGAGACCGCUUACCAGAUUGUGAUAGAUGCCGCGUCGACGGGUAUGACUUACUCUCAGCUGUUCACUAUUGCGAGGUACAUGGAGCACAGAGGGUACCCCCUACGGUCGUUCAAGCUGGCGUCUCUCGCCAUGACCCACCUGAACCUGGCCUACAACCAGGACACACACCCUGCUAUUAACGAUGUGCUGUGGGCUUGCGCGCUCAGUCAUUCGUUGGGAAAGAAUGAGCUUGCAGCCAUUAUCCCUCUGGUGGUGAAAAGCGUGCACUGUGCCACGGUGCUCUCCGACAUCUUGCGGCGGUGCACCAUGACGGCACCGGGUCUCGCCGGCAUUCCCGGGCGGAGGAACUCUGGGAAACUCAUGUCAACAGACAAGGCCCCGCUUCGGCAGCUCCUAGACGCCACAAUCUCUGCGUACAUCAACACCACACACUCUCGACUGACUCACAUCAGUCCGCGGCACUAUGGCGAGUUCAUCGAGUUCCUUAGCAAAGCACGGGAGACUUUCCUCCUAGCACAGGACGGCCACAUCCAGUUCGCCCAGUUCAUAGACAACCUGAAACAGAUCUACAAGGGCAAGAAGAAACUGAUGAUGUUGGUGAGGGAGCGCUUCGGCUGACCUCACCCCUGCCUCACAGAGACCCUCUUCACGGGGAAUAGUCCUUCGUUUCUAUUUGAGACUCCUACUUCUUAUGCUUUGAGCCAUCUGUUGACUAAGUCUUAACGUUUUAUUCUGUUCCAUUUCUUGAAUGUGAACCAAGAAGUGUUCGCAGUCCACUUACACUGUUGCUGCAAAAAGUAUCUGCCCCUCUGAUUUUGGCUCAGUUUAGUUAGAGAAAAAUGUAAAAGAAUGUGAUGACAAAAGCAAAAGACAUGUUUUUUUCGGGGGGGGUUAAAGGAAAACCAAAUGAUUCUGUUGGAUGAGGCGUGCGAUUUUUCCCGGAAUACGCUUUCAGCUGUGGUUAAGAAGAAGAAACCGUUAAAGUCAAGAAAGCACGACAGCAUUUGGAAAGUGGUGCAGUAUUAAUACCACACCUCGACUGUCACAAGCCAGCUUUAACUUCUGGGGCAGAAAUGGCCUCUUGUUUCAUACAGAGAUUUAAAAACCUUUACCUGUUGGUCUCCAUGGAAUAUCUUUAGUGGAGAAACCGUAAGGAGUGCACGUUUUAAAUCCAGACUCCUGAGGGUGACCCAGCUGCUUUAACUUUCAUGUGAACGCCGUUCUUGUAAACCGUAUAAUUGCCAAUCCUAUUAUUAACGAAAGCUAAUUGUUGGGGUUGAUUGAGAGACCGCCCAACAGACCAACAUUAGGUCAUUUUUUGUUUCACUUGGCAGCAUCGAGUUCACGUUCUUGCCUUUUGUUAGGAAGCCAUUCCUCUCUUAGAUCCCUUUUCCAUUACAAGACUCUUUACUGAAAAUCUGCUAUUUUCUUUAUCGGGAAAGUGAUUUUGCAGUGAUUGAAACUCAGAUAAACCGUUUCCCAAAUUGCCACAAAUACUUAGGGGUGAAUUUUUUGUUCCAGACAAAUCAAACAAGCUCUUAUGCAACAGUGAAGAGAAGAGAUGGAAGCUGCAAACUGAUGGGUCAGAUGAAGAAUAUUGGUUUACAGAGUUUAGAAACAUAUUUUGAAACAUGUGAGUGCAUUUCUAGGCAAACGUGGAAUAAACUACCUUUGCAGCUAAAUUAAUUCAUAUAAAAAAUGAAAUUGUAUCUGCAAUUGGAAAUUUAAAAUUACAAAUUUACUCUAAAACACCUAUAGAUAAUAAUGUCCCACAGAUAAGACUUGAUUAAAUUAGAAUCGUGCUAAUUUUUUACAACUUAGCUAAAGCGCCUUUGUUACGUUACAACUUGUGUCCUACAAGUAAAAUUAAAAUAAUUAGGUUAAGUAUUAUUCAGUUAAGCCACAAUCCUACAAAGAAUUAAAUGGGGAAGACGAACAAGUGAGUAAAUAAAUCAUUCAGUUAAGUUGGUUAAGUCUUGUUAGCAUGUUAGCUUAUUUUUACGAACACUUUUACGCCGUUUUCAGCUUUUGUUUGUCUCCCCCUAGUGGGCAAAAAUAUAAGAAGAGUUUGAGGUGUUGUAAAAGAAAAAUCUUUAUUUUUUUUUAAGGAUGGAAAAUUCUCUAAUAAUUUAGGCCAAAUCGGUAUUAGAUGUGUUUAAUUUAUCUUUUUGAACUCUAGAUUAUUUGUCUUGUGAUGGAAAAGGGCUUUUUGUGGAUUUAACUGGUCAUCAUCAUCAUCGGCUGUGAAGAAGAUUGGCCUUGUCUUACUCAAGGGGUUGGAUACACACAGUGCAUCCACAAGAAAAGAAAAACAAACUUUUUUUAACAACUUGAUGACUUCUUUGUACGUAUUUGAGACCACAUGCCUUGGUGCAGGAAGUGAUUUUUUUCACGAGGGACAUCCAUGUUCCAUUAUCUGUUGGCUAAAUGUCAUUUUUAAUGGCUGUUAAACAAGAGCUUGAAUCUUUAAUUGAUCAGACUAAACGUACAAGCACUUCACACAAAUACCUCUUCAGUAUGUUCCUGCCUGCUUCAGCGUUUAUUUAUUGUUGUUCCGUAAUUUUAUAUCACUGAGUUGAACACACACACACACAUACAACAGGACUGUAUUUUAAAAGAAGAGAUAAAACAGGAAAAAGGGGUUUCUUAUCUGCUUUUACAUUCCAUGAGAGCUACCUUUCACGAUCCGGGUAGUCCGUCAUAACUCUUUUAUUUUUAUUUUUAUUUCCUUUUUUAUUAUCAUUUGAAUAAACGCAGAUAAACAAAUGUGGAGGAAAAAGGAAAACUGAGCAGACAAAGAGAGAAAAGAGGCUAAACUCAGUUCUCAGGGACACCACUUAAAGAAUCAAAACAAAAAAUAGUAGCAUUAAGCAUUUAAAAUAUUGUAAAUAUUAAAGUGGCAAUUCAGAAAAUUGUAAAGUUAAAAUUAUUUAUGAUAAGUACGUUGUGUGUUUGUUUUUCCGUUCGUUUCGGCGGGGUGUACUUGAAUAUUGUUUUUGAACGGGGAUGUUUUAUUUUUUUGUAAGAGCAAAGACUUCAAGGCAUUUCUCAGGUGCUCCUGUGUACAUUUCAUUCACUUUGGUUUUGCUUACUUGUGUUGUCAUUUGCAAAAGAAAAAAGAGAAAAAAAAAAGGAAAUCUGUUUUCCAAAAGGAGAAGUUGUACAGAUUUGUACUAAACCUGACUAUGCAGAACCACUUUGAUGGGCUUGUCCCAAAUGAAAGAACGUGGGAGGGACCGGACAUCGUGGGGUGAACCACUAUUAAAACGAGGACGGAGGGAAAGAGGAGGAAAUGCAUGCUUGUAUCGGGAAAGUCGCCAGCCCGCACCUGCUGCAACUUCUACAGGAGGUGACAAGUGAAACGGUGAUGGAAAGUAAAAAUGCCUUUCUGACCGAUCAAUGUACAAAGUUGAUUUAUUUUUUGCUUUAUUUCUAUGUUGUUUCUUUUAAACAGGACCCAAGCCUUUAGUGUCUUUUCAGACUAAGGUCAGAAACAGCAAACGUUUAAACGAAGAGAAACGGCUUUUUCUUGUUUUUAACUCACAUCAGAGUCAUUUCUCUUCGGUCUGCCGUUCCUCGUUGCCUCGGCUCCAUUCACAGAAGAUGUGAAGCGCUGCAUCAUGGUGCGUUCAGGUGCAGCUGCUUCUUCUGUUGAUGGCGUUUCUGAGCUGAAGGCAGUCUGCUGCCCUCAUGUGAUGCGUUCACUUGACAGCGUAGAACCUCUUCUCUCUGAGUGAAGCUCAGCAGCCAGUUCCGGAGGUUAUUUUUCCUCAUCUUUUUGGUUUUCUUUUGUAGGAGAUGACUAUUUGCUGGUAGAGAUGUAGUUCACCUACUGUUUCCCUGUUUGUUUUUGUUCCAGAUUCCUUCUUAACUUUAAGGGAAAGUUGAAAGUGUUUGUUGCCUCUUUGUGCUACUGAUUUUGAAAAAGGUAUUUUAAGUAUUAGUUGCCACAGAAGUAUCUUAGCUUAUCAACACCUUUUUUAUGUUUUGGUUUGUUUGUUUUUGUGCGACUUGAGCUACUGUCUAUAAAGCAAGAAUUUAUUACUAUUUAUGUAACGCUACUACCAUUUUAUAUUGAUUUGUGUUGGAAUCUUGGUGCUUUUCUAUGAAUAAAGUGUGAAACACGUUAA